AUGAAGACGAAUCACGCUAUUGCAGGAUUCUCAGUUCUUCUCUGUUUCUCUUUAUUAGUCAACAUCGCUUCAUCUGCCGAUUCACCGGCUCCGGCUCCGACUCCAGAUUCAUCGGUAAAAUCUACUUCUCCUUCACCUUCUCCUUCUCCAGAUUCUUCGCCAGCUCCAACUCCAACUCCGGCUUCAUCUCCUAAUUCCGAUUCGCCUCCAGGACCUUCACCUGAAAACUCUCCUUCUUCUUCACCUUCUCCAUCUCCAUCUCCAGAUCACGCGGCUGAUUCCCAACUAAGCCACGCCGGUGAUGGAGAUACUGACAACAAAUCAAGCGGAGGAGGAAUGAGUUCCGGUAAGAAAGCAGGGAUAGCGGUUGGAGUGAUUGCAAGUGUAUGCGUGGUUGGAUUGGGAGCGAUGGUGUACAAAAAGCGCCGGCAAAACAUACAGAGAUCUGAAUAUGGAUAUACGGCGAGGAGAGAACUUCUGUAG